GCAUAUGUCCUCACCUAAACCGCCGAAGCACUGUCUGUGGCCGAACGUAAGUGGACGCAUGAACGUACACGCAUGCGUCAAAGACUGUCCGUGUCAUAGCAACGGGGGAGGACAACAUGGCAAAAGCAACAACUAUAAAAGAAGCUCUGGUGAAAUGGGAGGAGAAGGCCGGAGAGAAAGCGGGGGAAGCAAAAGCGGUGAAGCUGUAUGCUCAGAUCCCUCCCAUCGAGAAGAUGGACGCCUCUCUCUCCACCCUCAUCAACUGCGAGAGGUUGUCACUGUCCACAAACUGCAUUGAGAAAAUUGCCAACCUCAACGGUCUAAAAAAUCUGAGGAUACUGUCAUUGGGACGUAAUAACAUUAAGAAUCUCAAUGGACUGGAAGCAGUAGGUGAUACACUGGAGGAAUUGUGGAUCUCAUAUAAUCUGAUUGAGAAGCUGAAGGGCAUUCACGUCAUGAAGAAGCUCAAAGUCCUCUACAUGUCCAACAACCUCGUCAAGGAGUGGGUUGAGUUCCAGAAGCUGGCAGACCUCCCUGCGCUGGUGGACCUGGUGUUUGUGGGAAACCCGUUGGAAGAGAAGUACUCGGCUGAGGGGAACUGGAUCGAGGAGGCAACCAAGAGACUUCCCAAGCUGAAGAAGUUAGAUGGAAACCCGGUGAUCAAACACGACGAGGAGGAAGGAGAAGGAGAAAGUUAGCACAUCACGUCUUACCUUUGAUCAAUGUUUACAAAAAUACCUUUUUAUGUAUAUAUUGAAGUGGGUCUAGCACCAGCAGAUUCUGAUAACACUAGUGUAGUUUUUUAGAUGGCAACCGUAUAAGCUCAACUGUCUGGCCCAGAGGCCUGAAGUAAUUUAACACUCAAAACGUGGAGGUCUUCCUUCAACUGAGAAUCACGGAGCGGGUCAUGAUGAAGUUUGUAUAUUUGAAGGCCAGAGUCAGAAAUCAGUGAAGAUAUGAAGAUGUGUUACAUCCAAUUCACACAAGCAUAUUAAUGUAUAAGGCAUGUUAAAAAAUGUGUUUCUGUGUAAUAUUGUGGUAAAUCUAAUUUUCAGAAUGUUUGUGAAGUAUUAAUAGGAGCAUGCAAAAUUAAUCAAAAUGCACUUUGACCCCUAAACAUGUUUAAAAUGUCAUCACUGUACAAUCAGCAUGUACUCAUAUACUGUACAGUGUAAUUUUAGUUCUAUUUUGAAAGCCUGGGUACAUUUCUUGUGACUGUUUGGAGUGAUGUCAUGGGAUCAGAGCUUCCUUUUCCAAUAGUUAAAACCAGAAAACAAAAUGUCCUAGUCUGUACACAUUUUUUUCAAUUCAGCCAUA